GAGAGGGAUCAUGGACUGAGUUAGGUCCAUUUUUUUCCCCUGUUUCACUCUGGUUCGUGGGAAAUGUCCGGGUUAGAGUUUCCUAAAGAUUCAUUCAGACGGAGGCUCCUCGAUCCGGAUCACAGAGACCUCCAGGAGCACACAGGGUCCGGACACAAAGAGGAGCUUCACCGCCGAGGAGAGCUGCUGGAUGAGACUCUACCAGCUGAGAUCAAGCUGCAGAGAGAAGUGUUUCCUGAUGACGUCCAGCAGCUGUUGGUGGGAAACGAAGAGUCUCCUGAAGAGCUGGAGUGGAGCUCCAGUCUGGACCAGGAGGACAUUAAGCCCCUGCUCAUUAAAGAGGAACAGGAGGAAGUCUGGAGCAGUCAGGAAGGAGAGCAGCUUCAAGGACUGGAGGAGGAGGAUGCCAACAAGUUCCCAUUCACUGUUGUCUCUGUGAAGAGUGAAGAUGAUGAGGAGAAGCCUCAGUCCUCUCAGCUUCAUGAUAGAAAAACUGAACAUGUAGAAACUGGAGCUGAUGAAGAGGAAUGUGAAGGAUCAGAACCAGACACAAACUCAGAUCAUGAGGAGGGUUUAGAAGGAGACAUUGAGGUUGAGCUUGAAGACUCCUCUGAAGAGGAGACUGAUGACACAAGUGGAGACUCCUCUGAGGCUGAGACUGAUGACAGUGAGGAUUGGAAGAAGACCGCAGAGCACCACAUGGGAUUAAACUCUGCAGAACAUAUCAAAGAGAGGAGAUCAAGGAAGGAGAGGAAAGUAUAUAAGUGCGCCCAGUGUGGCAAAACAUCCAAAAAGAAACACAACAUGACCACACACAUGAGAGUUCACACGGGAGAGAAACCCUUCAACUGCUCUGACUGUGGGAAAAGGUUCGCUCGCAAAGAUAGCAUGACCCGACACAUGACGAUCCACAAAGGACGGGAAAGUUUCACCUGCUUCAAAUGUGGGAAAACGUUCAUCCACAAAGGGAACCUGAUCACACACAUGACCAUUCACACGGGAGAGAAACCCUUCGGCUGCCCCUGCUGUGGUAAAACCUUCACCAGGAAAGGUUAUUUGACUGAUCACAUGAAGAUCCACACGGGAGAGAAACUGUUCCAAUGCCCUGAGUGUGAGAAAAGAUUUAACUAUAAGAGAAGUCUGACUCAACACAUGACCAUUCACACCGGGGAGAAAUCUUUAAGCUGCUUUGAAUGUGGUUUAAGAUUCAACCGUAAGAAACAUCUAAACCAGCACAUGACGGUUCACACGGGAGGGAAACCCUUCAGCUGCUCUGUGUGCCAGAAAAGUUUUAAGCUCCAAGGUCACCUCACCAAUCACAUGAGGAUCCACACGGGAGAGAAACCCUUCAGCUGCUCCGAGUGUGGAACGAGCUUUAACCAAAAGGGUAAUCUGACCGCACACAUGACGGUUCACAUGGGAGAGAAACCUUUCAGCUGCCCUCAGUGCAGUAAAAUGUUCACCAGGAAGGGGAACCUGGUGGUCCACAUGAGGAUUCACGGGGGAGUGAAAGCGUUCAGCUGCUCUGAGUGUGGAAAAGGAUUUAACCAUAAGACUAAUCUGACAGCUCACAUGGCGCAUCAUGCAGGAGAAAAACUCCCAGAUUAAAAAUGUUCUAUGACUUUUUUAUUUAUGUCCACAAACACCUGAAACACACAGCUAAGUGUCCCGCCUUACCCUCAAACUUUCCCUUCUGUGUGACUGAUCUUUGGAUAUUAUUCAUCAACAGCGCCUUUCAGAAAGACACUCAAAGAACUGUUGUGUGGUUUGAAACCUAUCACUUGGUAUUCCCUUAUCAGAGAAGGUGACCCACGUGUGACCCACUUGUUGUGAGAAGGUUCAUAAUUAACACAAGACGUCAAAAAAAACAGAGGGCAUCCAGAUCGUCUGAUCGCCAAAUUCCAGCAGAUCCGUGUCCGGUCCAUCUCCGAUCCGUCACAGCACCGGAUCUGAUAGGUUUCUAUUCUAGUCAAUGCGUUAACUUCCUCUGGAUC